AUGCAGGACAACGAAGCCCCGAAGAGGGAAAGAUUGAUACGUGGAGUAGGGCAGACGGUUACCGACGCCGUGGUACGUGGGACCGACGAGGCCGUGACAGCAGCCGAGAACCUUAAAGAGACCAUCAAGAGCAAGACCUCGGGAGACCGCCAGGCCCGCGACAACGUCGUAAUGGUCCGCGUGGACAAAGACAGCCUCGGCAAGAUGGAUGAACUGGUCGAGGCAGAAGUGGCCGGCAGCCGAUCCGAAGCCGCCGCUUACCUGAUAACCGAGGGCAUCAAGGUCAGGGAACCCCUGUUUAAGGCCAUCUCGGCCAAGGUUGAAGAAAUACGUAAGGCCAAGGAAGAGUUGCGAAACCUGUUGAAACAGGAGCAAGGGGGAGAAUAG